AUGGAUGCCCUGCAAUCUAGUGGCACGUGGGAGUUAGUCGCCUUCCUUCCUGGUAGUGAUCAAGAGAGUAUAUCUCAAUGGAAAGAGUACCUCUUCAGUCGAUUCCAAACCAAUGAUUCAGGCAAGUUAAAGUAUUUUCUCGGAAUUGAAGUAUCCCAAUCUGUCAAUGGUAUAGUCAUCUCGCAAAGAAAGUAUGCUUUGGAUAUUUUAGAAGGAACUGAUAUGUUGAAUUGUAAACCUAUGGAUAAUCCAAUGGAUCCGAAUGUUAAACUUCUACCAGGACAGGGGGAGGUUCUAAGGUAUAUCAAGAGAGCACCAGGGCAAGGUCUACUAUAUGAAGAUAGAGGAAAUGCUCAAGUUGUUGGGUAUUUUGAUGCAAGUUGGGCAAAUUGUCCAUUUGACAGACGCUCUAUUUCAAGUUAUUGUGUACUCAUUUGUGCCGCUCUAUUUCAAGUUAUUGUCUACUCAUUUGUGCCUUUUGGUGGUAAUCUUAUAUCUUGGAAGAGUAAGAAGCAGGACGUGGUUGCUAGGUCUACUGCUGAAUCUGAAUACCAGGCUUGGCCCUUGCCACAUGUGAACUCAUGUGGUUGA